GCAAAGUUGCUGCUAUAGUAUCCCUUCUCGAUGACAUUUAUGAAUAUGGUACAAAUGAACAACUAGAGCUCUUUACUGAAGCUAUAUAUUGAGAGGUGGGACGUCUCAGCCAUGGAUCAACUUCCAGAGAAUAUGAAAGUCUGCUAUCGGUCGUUGUUGGAUGUAUACAGUGAAAUUCAUGAAAAGCUUGCACACGAUGGGAAAUUAUAUCGCAUCCACCAUGCAAGAGAAGCGAUGAAAAAACAAGUUAGAGGCUACUUCGAUGAAGCCAAAUUGUUCCGCCAGAAGCACAUGCCAUCGCUGGAUGAAUACAUAUCUGUUUCACUCGUGACCUGUGGCUACCAGUUGCUAAUAACCACAUCCUUUGUUGGAAUGGAAGAAGCUACAAUAGACUCAUUUGAUUGGUUGUUAACUUCCCCUCCAGCAGUGAAGGCUGCAACAACAGUUUGCAGACUCAUGGAUGACAUAGUGGAACACAAGUUAGAGCAAGAGAAAGAAAAUUUUAUCUCAGCUGUGAACUGUUACAUGAAGAAAUAUGGGGCCACAGAAGAAGAAGCGAUAACCGAACUUCAAAGACAAGUGAAUAAUGCAUGGAAGGACAUAAACGAAGCGUGCCUCCACCCUACCGCUGUCCCCAUGCCCCUGCUAAUUCGUAUUCUCAAUUUUGCUCGGACCAUGGAUGCUAUGUACAAGCAUGAAGAUGGAUACACUAAUGCUAAUGGUAUGAUAAAAGAUCUUAUAGUUUCUACACUAGUAGAACCCAUGGCCUUAUAAGCCUAAAAUAUCGACUUAUUGUGAUGUUUCCUUUGAAAGUAUAAUCUCCAGAGCCCAAGUUACCUAAAAAAAAUAAGGAGCUACUAUCCGUUAGGACUGUAAAAAUGUAAUUUGGGUUGUACCUUAAUUUGCUUUCCAUAUUAUGAUUCUAUCAAUAAAACAACAACUAUGCAGUUGGGAAUAAAACAUAUACUAAUUAUUCAAUGUUGUAAUAUAAUAUGUAGAUGGCCCAAAUGAAUACUUU